AUGCAGCUCACCACUACAUUCACCCUCCUCACGAGCCUAGCGGCUUCCGUGUCCGCCGCAGCCCUGGCCCCCAGGGACACUAGCGGCAUAUUCUCCCUCCUUGCGCUGCAUCCCAACCUACCAUUCAACGGGCAAUUAGUGACCGCGAGCAAGUCCGGCCUCUGGCUGUUGGUACCGCCCGACCAGCGCGACGCGCAAUGUUACGGGCGGGCGCCGCCAAAUCUGCCGGCUGUCUUUACUCACGAUGGAGACGAGGUGCGCCUGUAUGGCGAGGGUUUUGAUCGACAGCUGCUUGUGGUCAAUACCUCCGCAGACCGCCAAGAUAACCUGAAGUACUUCAGCGAACCUGUAACCAACACCGACUGGCAGGUCGGGGGCUGGACCGAGAGCACAACAGAGCCCCUACUGUUUCAGGGCAACUCCUGGGCGGCCUGCAGCCAACCCGAUGGCACAUGGAAGGUGGGCGUAUCCUUGGGCAAUGACGACAACGAAGAAUGCGUCGACAUCACUAUCUACCCCGUCGACGCACUCGCUCCAGUGCCCUGUAGGUACAGCCAGGAACAGGAGUCGGCGGAGUAG